AUCCCAUCUGACAUCCGCAACCAUAUCUCCAUCCCCCCACCAUCUUCCACCACGACCACCCAGCGAUAAUCACAAUCCGCCGCCGCCCAUGCCCGAGUACGAAGACCUCGACGACUUUGCGCAAACGCGCGGCGCCGACGAUCUCUUCGAGUCCGAGAUCCAGCCUAUCGCGCACCCAUCACCGCCACCCCCGUCCGCGCCCUCGGCACCCCGUAACCCACGGCACCCACACACGCCCGCGGCCACCAGCGCCGAGCGCACGCUCUCCGGCGGCAUCAAAAAGCCAAAACUUACGGAGGAUGAGCUCGCCGCGCGAAUGGAGCGCGUGCGACUUAAUAAUGCACGGCUGACGGAGCGCGCACAAAAGGCGGCGGACGAUCAGACGUCGUAUCAGGUGCUGGAGGAGCAGAGGAAGACGCAGGAUUCGGCGAGGCGCGCGAGGGAGGGCAGGAUGAGGGUCGAGGAGAUGAAGAAUCGGAAGGAGAUUGAUGAUGAACGAGAGCGGAACCGUGCGCGGAAGAUGAAGGCUGUUCAAACGAGGGAGUGGGAUAGCGAGAAGAAGGAGGAGGACUAUAACCCGCGUGGACCAGGCUCGCAGUUCCGUCGUGGUGUGAACGGAGGAAUCACCCCCGCCCCAGAAUCAUCUGCGCAUGGCAACAACUGGGAUUCAAGAAGGAACGACGAGAGCCGCCCUCGUGGCAGCUAUGAAUCCCGCGGUAGCUAUGAUUCCCGCGGUGGCCGCGGUGGCCGCGGUGGUAGAGGAGGCAGAGAGGGACGAGGGGGGAGAGGUGAUCUUUUUUCUUCCGCCUACGCACCCACCGACGCCGACACCAAACAAUCCGCCGCGCCAGCUGCUGCGACAGCGAAACCAACGCCACCAGUCGAAGAUAAAAGCCAGUGGCCAGACCUCCCCGGGACUACCGACAAGGAGAAGAAGAUUAUUGCUGCGUUGCCGAUGGCUUCGCCUGCACUGGGGUCCUGGGCGGAUCAGGUUGAGGCCGGUAGUCCGGCCACUCCUACUGCUGCGCCGGGAUCGUGAUUGUGACGUGAAUGGGUAAUGUUUGUUAUGGAUUGUAUGUACGG